UAUGAGGCGUAAAUGCAGAAAGGAGGACAUCGAGUUAUCUAGCCAUCCUGAGAAUACUCAAGAGUUCACUGCACAGCAAUCAUAAAUCACCUUGGCUGCAACUACUCACCGUUGGCUAAGAUGGACAACGUCAGCAAUAUCACCAACACUACCAUGAACAACAGCAACAAUAGCAAUGACCUAUCGCUGUCCAACAUAAAGUUCUUUAUUGAUGGUGUACUUUCAAUUAUUGUGAUAAUUUUUGGAUUAAUUGGAAACACGUUAACUGUGAUUGUACUUAGAAACAAAGUGAUGCAUUCCUCAACAAACACUUUUCUGACCGGCCUGGCUAUCUGGGACAUGGUUGUGCUAUUGGGAUCAUUGCUUUUGAUCACUUUGCCGGAACUCUCGCAGUCUUUCAAUAAUAAUGUGCAUCCAUACGUCGUGGUGUUUGUAUACCCAGUCUGCCUGAUUGCCCAGACAAGCACCAUAUGGAUAACCGUGUCAUUCACGGUAGAGCGGUAUAUCGCCGUGGGCUACCCACUUAAGGCUGCAAGUAUGUGUACCGUCACUCACGCUAGGAUCGCUGUAAUAGUAGUGUCUGUAGCAGCUCUCCUCUACAACUUUGUACGGUGGUUUGAAUACCAGGUUGACAGCACAGAGAAUUUAAAAGCAAUUAAGACAACUCUUUCAAACAAUUCCCAGUACAACACAGUGUACUUUCUGUACACGUAUACAAUUGUGAUGCUAGUAAUACCACUUGGCUUGCUAGCUGUCCUCAACACCUUCCUUGUACUUGCCGUCAGACGAUCAAGAGUGCAGCAAAAAACAAUGCAUGUACGACAGGCCCGUGAAAACAAUGUGACACUCAUGCUGAUUAGCGUUGUUGUGGUGUUUAUGAUCUGCCAAAUUCCAGCUCUUGUGUAUAAUAUCAUAUACGCAAUACACAAUCGUAAACUGGACACUUUCCAAAUAGAGAUCCUGUCGUCAACAAGGAACUUUCUUGUGACAUUCAACAGUGCAAUAAACUUCAUUCUUUACUGUGCCUUUGGACAGAAAUUCCGGUGCGUUUUCAUCCGCACAUUCUGUUGGUGUAUUCCACGAGACGUUGGUAUCAAUCAGUCCAUGUCCACUCCAGGGAUCCACAUCAUGACAAAACUUGACAACAAGAAAUUUAAGUCCAUGCUUCAUAAAGGUUCCUGCACAGAAAUGUCGCACACGCAGCAGACCCAUCUCUCCCGUUACUCCCCGUACAGCUCUCGGACACCGUCUCCUAGGCACUCGCCACUGCCGUCGGCACGCAUGCAUCCAGACGGUUCCCAUAACGAACUGCAUCCAAACAUGGAGUACACGUGUAAAAGCCAUCUAUUGUCUCGCAAGAGCUCAGACAGAAGUAUCUCGCCUCAAAACUAGACAGACAUUGGACAUAUUGAACUUAUUUGCUGCAAAAUUAUUGAGUGUAUUGUCACUUUUACAGGUAAAAUGAAUCCAAAAGGCUCUCUUAGGCAGAUGCUUGACAGAUAAUCUGCUUUAAACUGAUUGGGAGUACAAUUGAAACAGGAAUCUGACAAAUAAACUAUGAGAUGCUAAUCAUCUAUAUAAGGAGUACAAUUGAAACAGGAAUCUGACAAAUAAACUAAGAGAUGCUAAUCAUCUAUAUAAGUCAAGAAAGUGCUAAUGGGAAGAAGACUGUAUGAACGCUGUGAUGCCUGAUGUAUUGUUGUAUUCAGAAGUGGUGUCAUUUGUUCUAUGAUUGACUGUUAAUGCUUAAAGCAAGGAAAUACUUUGUGUGCUACAGACUGACUUCAUUGGAGUCACUAAAAUAUUAUCUUAAAAUAUCCCUUAUUUACACAAAUAUCCAUGAGCAAAAUAUUGCUUUUUAAAUAUUCAGUGUUUAGCUCUGAGUCAGUCCAGACAAUAGACAAGUUUCACAUUCCAAAUUUAAGUGAUUAU